AUGGACUCGAACAUCAAGCAAGAAUAUCCUUAUCGUCCACCCAACGAACACGAUGAAUCUGCCCCUCCUAAACGAAGACCUCGUCAUCGGCUCAGUUGUGCAGAAUGUCGAAGAUUGAAGCUCAAAUGUGACCGAGUUUGGCCGUGCGGUUCAUGUACGAAGCGUGGUUGUGCUCGCAUUUGCCCUGAAGGUACCCUACAAGCCAAAGUUCGAUCCAAAGACACUUCUGUUCUAUUGGCGAAGAUUUCAGAAUUGGAGAACCUUUUACACCAAAAGGAUCAGCUUCUUCUUGCUCAGGAAUCUCAUCAAGCUCAACAGCUGCCGCAUAGGCAGAUUGAACAAUCCUCCAGUUCACAGUUUUUGAAUUCGACCGAUUUUUUACCUGCUCUUCCAGGUAUAUUUUCUAAUGGGUCAUCCAACAAUCAAGAUAAUGCUCUUCCAUCAUUGAUAGAUGUUAUGGGAACUCUCAAUCUCAGUGGAGAUGGGAGAGCAAGAUAUCUUGGCUUGAGCGCAAGCAGCGCUUAUCUCGAUGAGGAUUGCUCGGAUUCGGAAUCAGUAUCUUCCACUCCUGGCACCUCGGAAGAACCAGAUGAGUCUUCAGGAUUCGGAGGUCCUCGGCCCGGCUCUGCUUUGUUUACGCGACCACCUGGUCACCGCUUCGAUAUAAAGCACCUCAAGUCAUUCUUGCCCGAUAAGUCAGGCGCCGAACGUCUUGGUGACGCGUAUUACAAUUUUGUGUCACAUUUGUAUGCAUUGUUGAAUCGCAGCGAGUUGACCAGUUUGAUCGAAGAAGUUUAUGGAGACCAGGGUGACGAAUUAUGUUUGACUAGAUUAGCCUUACUUUACGCAAUUUUUGCCCUUGGUGUCCUUUUUGAUCCAGGAGUUCAGGCAUUCAAUUCUGAAGCUCGUCAAUGGCAUGAGGCUUGCGAAACGUGUCUCAUGUCAACCGACUUCCUCACCAAUCCGACUCUUUCAGCUAUUCAGAGUCUUCAUAUGAUGGGCAUCUAUUUGCUCAACACCCGUAUUGAUGCUGCUGAGACAUUAUGGCCUAUUCUUGGCAUUGCAAUGAGGCUGUGCCAAUCAAUGGGACUUCAUCGAGAUGGGUCUAACUGGGGCCUGGAGUCUUCCGAAUUGGAUCAACGUCGUCGCACGUUCCAUGAGAUCUUAUCAUUAGAUCGACUGCAAAGUUUAGUCCUUGGACGACCUUAUGCCAUAAGUGACAAGCAUUAUGACACUCAUGUUCCUGAGCAGGAAGAUAACCACAAUGAUGAACAGGACAACGGGCCUAAAUUAAGUUUUUGGACUCACAAAUGGCGAUUCUCUUCUUGCAUUGGAAGAGUGGUUGACGACGUCUUCAGCGUUGCCGCUCCUUCAUUGGCCGUGAUCAAUCGACUUGACCAAGAGAUCCGCAAGUUUGAUGGGGGCUUACCAGCUUCCAUCAGGUGUAGUGUUAUACCCUUCAUCUCCAACGGUCCUUCGUUGGAUAUACCUUUCCCAGAUGCCAACUUUCGUUGUGACGGCACGUCUAGCUUGCAGCUUAUCAUGCAACAGCACUGUAUGGCAGUUUUGGAGAACCAGACGCUUCUGUUCCUUCAUCGUCGAGCGUUCGCUUUGGCUCUCUCUGAUUCUCCCUCAGAGCCUCUCCAUUCAUCGUUUGCUACAAGCGUCAUUUCGGUCAUCGUAGAGUCAUCUCGAAACCUGAUCACGAUCGCCAAGGCUGCUCAAGAUAUCUACCCGGACGUCGCGAAUCGAUGGUGGUAUCUCUUCUUUCAUGCUUACAGCGGCGCGACAUGUGUUGCAUCUCUUUUGAUCACCUCUCCCAAUUCUCUCUUGACUAAACAUGCCUGGGCGACUUUGAGGGCGACACUCUCUGUCUUUGAGACUGCUGCCACUCACACACCUCUUUGUCGUGAUUUACUUACUCGACUGAAUCGACUCAAUAGCCAUGCUUUGUCAGCCCUCAAUGCUUACAAGUCUGGUCAACCGCUACCUAAACCGAGGCGACUAUCAAACUUGUCUUCUACUCGACGCUCUCUCCGACCUCUCAGUUUGGGUAGUGGUCAGGAUGAAGGCUCCACACCUUUGGCUCAUUACCUUGAAUCUUAUGGAGCUUCUGCUUCUCGAAGCGAUAGUGGAGUGGACGACUUGCCUUGUGAUUUGGGAGCCUCAACGAGACUGACUAGAAAGAGUCGCCGACAAUCAAUCUCCACCUCUUCAGCCGCAUCCGGACGUGUUCCCUCGGCGAGCUCUUCUAGUCGAUCACGAGGCACUUCGUUUGGAUCGGCUACCACAAAUGAUCGAUCACCGAAUGGCAGCCAUAGCUUGACUCAACAUGCGAUCAACAACCUCGGUUGUCAUAAUCUCCCAAAUCAUAAUAAUGGACCAAAUGGCACACUCGCUGCAUCUUUCAAUAGCCGAUCGUGGGGCCUCGUUUCUUCACCAAACGAGUUUGAUGAUGAAGAAUGUCCUUCACUCAAUAACCCAGGUUAUUGGGAAAAUUUGAGUAUCGAACCUGAUAGUCAAGCCUAUAAUCCGAUGUUUACAGUGCCACAUUCUCAACCCACCCAUUCAGGUUACUUUGGUCUCAACGAACCUUUCCAUCCUCCUAUGGCUCUUCCCAGUAAUGAAUUGUCAUUGACCAGCCCGAAUGGAGUCGCCAAUGCUUAUAGUACGAUCUUUGGUCCUUCGUAUGAGAGUCCUAGGCUUCAACCUUUACCUCCUUCGACCACUACUAGUCCUCCACUAUUGAAUCUUUCGAGCUUGAGUAGGAACACCAGUCUCAAUCAGAACACAGGUGUAGAUGGAAACCCAAGUAGUAGUAACGCGCCAGGGAAUGAUUCUAUGACGAGUCCUACUGGCACUCAGUUUGAUCUCUUGGAUACCUUUUUAACUUGGCAAGGCUAUGAUCAAUGA